AAACACUGUACAAGAGAAUAAAAGACCUUCCCUUCCUGGAGCCGAGGAUUUGUGAGGAACGAAAGAGAGAAGACGGCAAAUUUGAAAGAGUGCGGCUGACACUUAACGAAUCAGUUACAUAAGAGCAGAGAUUAUUCUUCUAAAACUAAUGAAAACAACAAAGCUAAAAUAGAAAUGGCGAACAAACAACUCCAUAUAUUAUCUUCAAGAUCCAGAUCUCCAAUCCUCCUCUUCACAAUCUGUCUUUUCGCCUUUUCUCUUCUUUUCGUACUCUUCUCUCUGUCCACCCGUCACCCAUCAGCCUCUUCAUACCCUAACACUAACCCCAAUCUCUCUCUCAAACCCGAAACCUCCUUCGUCGCUUCCCUCGAGCACUUCCUCGAUCACAAAUACCCGAGAUCCUCCUCCUCCUCUCCGUUUCCUACAGUUAGCGAAGAGGAUGUGUCAAGAUUCGACGAUCAAGUGUUUUCCAAAGAGCGCGAUCGAUUUUACAGAGAACCCUACUACCCGUUGGAUUUGCCAAUUAGGGUUUACGUUUACGAGAUGCCGUCCAAAUUCACCUACGAUUUGCUUUGGCUGUUUAGAAAUACUUAUAGAAACACUGAUAAUCUCACCUCUAAUGGCAGCCCCGUCCAUCGAUUAAUCGAACAGCAUUCUGUUGAUUACUGGCUUUGGGCCGAUCUGAUUGCGCCCGAAUCGGAAAGGUUGUUGAAAAGUGUGGUGAGAGUUGAGAGGCAGGAGGAUGCGGAUCUGUUCUACGUGCCUUUUUUCACAACUAUAAGCUUUUUCUUAUUGGAGAAACAACAAUGCAAGGCGCUUUAUAGGGAAGCUCUGAAGUGGGUGACAGAUCAGCCUGCAUGGAAACGAUCGGAAGGAAGGAAUCACAUAUUUCCUAUUCAUCAUCCAUGGUCUUUCAAAUCUGUUCGUAGAUAUGUCAAAAAUGCAAUUUGGUUGUUACCAGAUAUGGAUUCCACAGGGAACUGGUACAAACCAGGACAAGUUUUUCUGGAGAAAGACCUAAUUCUUCCUUAUGUCCCCAAUGUGAAUUUGUGUGACACUAAAUGCAUAUCAGAAAGUGAAUCAAAGAGAAGCACCUUGCUUUACUUUCGUGGGAGGCUUAAAAGAAAUGCAGGUGGGAAGAUACGUGCCAAACUUGUAGCAGAACUAAGUGGUGCCGACGGUGUGCUUAUAGAGGAGGGGACAGCUGGAGAGGGAGGGAAAGCAGCAGCUCAAAUUGGCAUGCGCAAGUCCAUUUUUUGCUUAAGUCCAGCUGGUGAUACACCGUCAUCUGCCAGAUUAUUCGAUGCCAUUGUCAGUGGUUGCAUACCAGUUGUAGUCAGUGAUGAAUUAGAGUUGCCUUUUGAAGGAAUACUUGAUUACAGAAAGAUAGCUUUAUUUGUUUCUUCCAGUGAUGCUGUACAACCAGGUUGGCUAUUGAAAUUCUUGAAAAGCAUUAGCCUUGCUCAAAUUAGGGGAAUGCAAAGAAACCUUGCCAAGUAUUCAAAGCACUUUAUUUAUUCCAGUCCAGCUCUACCCCUAGGACCUGAAGAUUUGGUUUGGAGAAUGAUGGCUGGUAAACUGGUGAACAUCAGGCUUCACACACGGAGAUCACAGCGUGUGGUGAAAGAGUCUAGAAGUGUAUGUGCUUGUGAUUGUAAACGUGCCAACUUUACAGUCCCGGUUCUUUGAUAAUGCAAGGCUAAGUUCUCUCACUCGCAUAUUGAAAGUGAUUCUUGUUUGCACCCAUACGAGUAUGUUGGCAUGUAAGUUUUUAAUGGUUAUUUUAUAUUUUAACUAUAUGGAACGGCAGCGGAUAAUGAAUAUCGAUUUGUGUUAAAGAUCUUUUUCAAUUUUCUCCCUUUUAAAUCCAGCUAUUGAAGAAUUUGUAUUGCAGAGGAAUCUUUGAUUUACUUAGGUAGUGUAAGGAGUAUAACAAUCUCUGAUUCAUUUUUUUUCAAGUCAUGGCCUUCACAUUA